CUUUUAGAGUGGGGUUACAUAUCAUAAAUUGAUUAUUUUUAAUCAAAACCCUCACUUGCUUUUUAUUUAGUCUUAAUUUAAAACAUGUAAAAAAAAUACAUUUUAUUUUGAAAGGGGCCGUCUUGCUUCGAUUUUGCACAGACGCAUUUCCACUACCUUGACCAUCUGACAGCUCCAGCGAGAAGGAAACACACCCGUCAGCAGCGCGCAUUGGAGUCCAAAAGGAAAAAAAAAAAAAGCGCAUCACGGACAAAGGAAAUAUGGGAGCGCUGAGGAGGAUCUGCCACAGUCGAGUAACGGAAUGGAUGAGCCGCUUCUGUUUCGUUUGGGAGACCAAUUAGCCCACCUUAAUGAGGUGCUGGGAUGCGAGAUACUGCAAGCUAAAAAGGCGGAAGGCUGCAUUUAAUCCGUCUGCGGAUCCAGUGAGCUUGCAAUGGCUGUGGCGGGGAUAUGCAACUGGAUAGGGAGUAACGUGCCUUUUUAUUUCCUGCUGUUUUUCUUAUUUUGUGGCCUUUCCUUUGGACAGUUGCGAUAUUCGAUUACAGAAGAACUAGAAAACGGGGCAGUGGUUGGUGAUGUGGCGCAUGAUCUGGGGCUGGAUAUGCGAAAGCUCUCCACUCGAAGAAUCAAGGUAACCUCCAAUAACGGCAAAGGCUAUGUGGUUGUCAAUUCCAAAAAUGGGAAAUUACUGGUCAGUGAAAGGAUUGACAGAGAGGCGUUGUGUGAUCAGUCCAACAUCUGUCUUAUGAAUCUGGAGGUGCAGCUUCAAAACCCCACUGAGGUGCACCAUAUUGAGGUGGAGGUUGUGGAUGCGAAUGACAAUGAACCGCAGUUCCCCAGAGAUGAGUAUCAACUGGAAAUUACAGAGUCGGCUCUACCAGGGUCUCGCUAUGCCAUUGAGAACGCUCAAGAUCCAGAUGUUGGCUCCAAUUCAGUCCGCAUCUAUCAGCUCAGCACAAACGACCAUUUUGCUCUGGUGUCUAACAAGCCAGCCCUCAACACAAAGCACAUUGAGCUUGUGCUCAAAAAGCCCCUUGAUCGUGAGCAGACGCCUUAUCACCAGUUAAUUUUAAGUGCUGUGGAUGGUGGAACCCCGGAGAAAACAGGGACGGCUAGAAUCAAUGUGCGAGUGCUGGACUCAAAUGAUAAUGUUCCAGUGUUUGACAACUCUGUGUACAAAGUGAAACUGCUGGAAAACUCACCCAAAGAAACCCUGGUGAUUAGACUCAACGCAACCGACUUGGAUGAGGGCACAAACGGAGAGGUUUACUACUCUUUUAGCAGCUACACUCCAGAAAGAGUCCGCCAGAUGUUCAGCAUGGACACCAACACAGGUGAAAUAAGAGUGAGGAGCAAUGUUGACUAUGAAGAGACCAACUCCUAUGAGAUGUAUAUCCAGGCAAUGGAUAAGGGCCCAGGGGCUGUGGCAGCACACUGCAAGGUGGUUGUAGAGGUGGUGGAUGUCAAUGACAAUGUCCCUCAGAUAGUGCUGUCCUCUCUGUCGAGCCCAGUAAGAGAGGAUGCCCGGGCAGACACAGUCGUUGCUCUCAUUAGCGUCACAGAUCGAGACUCUGGGGCCAACAAGCAGGUGAGCUUAGAGAUCCCAGCUGGCCUUCCGUUCAAGAUCAAAUCUUUCAGAAAUUACUACACCCUCGUUACCUCAGCGUUCCUGGACCGCGAGACCAUUGAUGCCUACAAUGUCACUCUGAGUGCCACAGAUGGAGGACACCCUCCCCUAUCUUCCCAAAAGACCAUACAGGUGGAUGUGGCUGAUGUAAAUGACAACCCACCUCGCUUUGAACAGACCUCAUAUACAGUGUAUGUGGGUGAGAACAAUGCUCCUGGAGCACCGCUGUGUACUGUGAAAGCUCAAGAUGCAGACAUAAAAGAGAAUGCACGCAUCACCUACACAGUGCUCAAUGACAACAACCACGGCAUUCCUGUCACCUCAUAUGUGUCUGUGAAGGCCGAUACAGGAGAGGCGUAUGCCCUGCGAGCCUUUGACUAUGAAUCACUGAGAGAGUUUCAUUUCCAGGUCAAAGCCCAGGAUGGGGGCAUUCCUCCACUCAGCCGAGUCGCCACCAUCUACAUUUACAUAAUGGAUCAGAAUGACCAUGCUCCGCUGAUAGUUAAUCCUCCUGGCAAUGGGACACGCUCCCUGGAGACAGUUCAGAAGAACGCUGACCCUGGUGUCUUGGUGACCAAAGUGGUGGCAUAUGAUGCAGAUGCCGGUCCAAAUGCCUGGCUAGUGUAUGUUCUGGAAACAGCCACUGACCUGGACUUGUUUAAAGUACAUGAACACACCGGGGAAAUCAGGACCACUCGGAGGAUCAUGGAGGACAACUCCACUUCCUUCUCUCUGACUGUUCUUGUGAAGGACCAUGGCCAGCCUCCUCUUUCCUCCACAGCGACCAUCAAUGUGGCGGUCAUGGAGGUUCCCCCAAAGGUGGUUUCCGACCCCAAGAAGGUCGCCCGUCCUACCAGCACGCUGCUUUUCUCCAAUGUGACUCUUUAUUUGAUUGUGGCUCUGAGUGCCACAACAUUUGUUUUCCUGGUCACUGUGGUGGUGCUGGCCAUCGUCCGUUGUCACGCCUACUGCACCCAGCCCGGCUCCUGCUCCCCUUGCUGUGUGUCACAGAAACCUCCUCCAGAUGGUGGGAGUGUCAGUAUCAGUGCGGGAGCCAGCGGUGGAGCCCCAGGACAGCCUAAUAACAAUGUGGUUCUUCGGAGAGACCUCAAAGUGGAGCCUCAUUACAUUGAAGUGCGUGGAAAUGGCUCCCUGACCAAGACAUACUGCUACAAGACCUGCCUGACAGCAACCUCUGGCAGCGACACAUUCAUGUUCUACAACACUGGACGACCCAUCAGUGGCACCUGGGGAAGUGGAGCUGACCGCUUCUUCACCAGUGGAAGUGGAUUUGUGCGAAGACUGAGCAUGCCUGAUGCCUCGUUGCAAAUCUGCCCAGAGCCAAAAGCCCCAAAUGCUGACUGGCGAUAUUCUGCAUCCUUGAGGGCCGGAGUGCAGAGUUCUGUUCACAUGGAGGAGUCCUCUGUGAUGCAGGGGGCCCAGGGAAUGCUGGUCCAGAACUGGCCCACUGUGUCUAGUGCUGCAGGACUUUAAAGAGAGACGCCUUUG